AUGAUCCUUGGGAACCUCAGUGGAUUGAGUGAAUUCAGACUCCUGGGUUUUUCUGGAAUCUCUCAUUUGCACCCUUUGCUCUUUGUAGUUUUAUUGUCUCUUUAUGUCCUCACCUUGAUGGCUAACACAGUGAUAGCUUUCAUAAUAAAGAGUGAUAACAGCCUCCAUACCCCCAUGUAUUUCUUCCUCACUCAGCUGUCCUGUUUGGAUAUCUGCUAUUUGUCAGUCAUUAUCCCAGCUAUUCUCCAGAACCUGAUUGUGGGAACAGUAAGUAUUUCCAAGACAAGAUGUGCAAUGCAAAUGUUUUUCUUCCUUUUCUUUGGAGUUGCUGAGUGUUUUCUCUUGGCUGCCAUGUCCCUUGAUCGUUAUUUUGCAAUUUGCUACCCCUUGCAUUACACAAUUAUCAUGAGCAGCAGGCUCUGCAGAAGCCUGGUUGCUGGAUCUUACAUUUGUGGAACUGCUGUGGGUUUAGUUCACACCCUCAUCACCUUCAGCUCACCCUUGUGUGGUUCUGCCAUCGACCACUUUUUCUGUGAGAUUCAGCCUCUCCUGGACCUGCUCUGUGGCAGCACUUUCCCAAGUGAAAUCCAGGUCAUUGUGGUGGCUGUCUUUGCCAUUCUGAUCCCUUUCUUGCUGAUCAUUUAUUCCUAUAUUCGUAUCAUUUCCACAAUUCUUCACAUGGCAUCAACUGAGAGCCAGGAGAAAGCGUUCUCCACUUGCUCCUCACACCUCUUGGUUGUGAUUCUUUUUUAUGGCACUGCAGGCUCCAUGUACCUGCGGCCAAAAUACAGCUACUGUGCAGCUGUGGAUAAAUUCCUCUCCCUUUCUUAUUCUGUGGUGACUCCUUUAUUGAAUCCCAUCAUUUAUAGCUUGAGGAAUAAGGAGGUGAAAAGAGCCCUGAAGAAAAAAUGGAGAAAAUCUAAGUUAAUGUGGAAAUGA